CAUGGAAGAUGGGGAGCACCGGCCACUUCUAUCAUCCAUCGAAGAUGAGUUCCAUAAUCUACCCCAUGAUUCACAGGUUCAUGACAUUGCUACUUACGAUGAAGAAGAUCACGUCGGAUUGAAUAAACCGAUACCAUAUUUUUUCAGGGAAUUCUAUGAGGAGUCCAAGAAGCUCUGGUACUUGGCUGCUCCGGCCAUCCUCACUACCGUUUGCCAAUACUCGCUUGGUGCAAUUACUCAGGUCUUUGCUGGCCAUCUCGGGACUACAGAACUCGCUACGUUUUCAGUCGAGAACUCCAUCAUCGCUGGAUUUGGUUACGGCUUCAUGUGGGGCAUGGGAAGUGCACUAGAAACGCUUUGUGGCAUAGCAUUCGGAGCCGGUCAACUCGAGAUGCUUGGGAUUUACAUGCAAAGAUCUUGGGUUAUCCUCAACGCCACUGCUCUAAUAUUGAUGUUUCUUUACAUUUUCGCAACACCAAUUCUGAAACUCAUUGGCCAGACGGAUACAAUAUCAAAGGAAGCAGGGAUUUUUGCAUUGUGGAUGAUCCCACAACUCUUUGCUUACGCGAUGAACUAUCCAAUCACAAAGUUUCUACAGGCACAAAACAAAUUCAUGGUGAUGACUGUGAUAUCUUUUUUUUUGCUCAGCGUGAUGACUGUGAUAUCAGCGGUGGCACUUGUUUUCCAUACCAUCUUCAGCUGGCUUUUAAUGCUGAAGUUCGGAUGGGGAAUGGUGGGGGCAGCGGUGGUGCUGAAUUCGUCGUGGUGGUUCAUCGUGUUGGCUGAACUAUUGUAUAUUUUUCACGGGGCAUGUGGUCGAGCUUGGAAUGGAUUUUCAUGGAUGGCCUUCCAAAAUCUUUGGGGGUUUCUGAAGCUGUCUCUUGCGUCUGCUUUCAUGCUUGCCUUAGAAACGUGGUACGUCACGGUGCUAAUUCUCUUUGCUGGAUAUUUAAAGAAUACUGAAGUUUCGGUGGGUGCAUCCGGCAUAUGUGCAAACAUCAUGGGCUGGACGCUUAAUAUGGCAGGAUAUGGAUUAAACGCAGCAGUAAGUGUAAGGGUGUCAAAUGAACUGGGUGCAUCGCACCCUAGAAAAGCGAAAUUCUCAGCCGCGGUGGUCGUGAUUACUUCCUUUCUAAUUGGUCUCUUCCUCGGACUUAUUCUUAUCGUCACGGCAAAGCAAUAUCCCUCGUGGUUUUCCACUGACGAUGAAGUCAUAGAGAUUGUAUACAAGCUCACUCCAUUGCUGGUAAUUUGCAUUGUUGUUCUCAACGUUCAGCUUCCUCUUACAGGGGUAGCCAUUGGAGCAGGGUGGCAAGCUUAUGUGGCGUACGUGAACUUGGGAUGCUACUAUUUGAUUGGGAUUCCUCUGUCUUUGCUUAUGGCUUUCAUGUUCAACAUGGGCGUUAAGGGAAUUUGGUCUGGAAUUCUGGUAGGAAUAUUACUACAAACCUGCAUUAUCAUGUGGAUGAUAUGUCGAACGAAUUGGACUAAGGAGGCUUCAAUUGCUGGCGACAGAUUAAAACAUUGGGGAGGGGACGCAGGUGAGAACCAAAUUUAAAGUGGUGGGAACAAAAAAACACAUGGAGUGGGUUUCGCGCGCGGCAGAGUGGGUCCGGCAUCUCGUGGGAUUCGCAAAGGAGUGGUUCGUUGGAUUGUCGUCGUCAAGUGGUGACAUUUGAGGUGGUGGCGAUACUGUCGAAUCUGAAUGGUGGUGGGGGUGAUUGAAGCAGCUCAGAUAAGGAUUAGGUUUGGAUUCUUGGGCUGAGCCGUUUUAGGUUUUGGCCCAUGGGGUGUUGUGGCUUUGUCCAUACUGUUUUUUUUUUUUUUAAUUCAAUCUUUGGUUGGAUUCUCCACCCCUUUCCUUAACUUGAUAUACCCUCUUGACAAGUUUCUUAAUAAAAAUGUUACUUUUGUCAAA